AUGCAAAAGCCUGGGGGAGGUGGGGAGGGCCCAGAUGCAUCAGCCACAACUGUCAUCUUCCUUUUGUCCAACAGCCCGCGCCAACCCGUCGUGGAGAUGCGGCGUGAUUUGCGAAUUGCGCCUGCGCCUCAAACCCUUAAGUCUCCCGGCGAUACGGGCAUCGAAACGGGACCACCCACAGUUGAACGUGGUUUAAAAGCGGCCUUUGCCCACUCUUUCAAAACCGUGACAAGUCUACAGAGUUUACUCCGUACGGAGUACUCUGCACAUAGUUAA